AUGCUCUCCCCCGUCAUCCCGCCGCCGUCCCAGCUUGUGUCCACCCCGCAUUCGUAUGAAACACGCACUCGAUCCAACACCGGCAUCAGACCCUCCAUCCGCCUCCGCCACUCCCCCGACUCCGCCCCGUCUCUCCGCCGCCUCAAGCCCGCCCAGUCCACCAAGCUCAAGCAGAACGCAUUCCCCCUCCCGCUGGGCGCGUCCCAGCCCGUACUCCCUCCCUUCCCCCCGCCCCAUGUCGUAUUGCACGCCGACGACGCGGGCAGCAAGGUCUUUCUUGCCAUGGGACGCGCAUUGGUGUCAGUCGACAAUCGCGCCAUGACGGUGAAGGACUUGUCGGAGAUGAGCAUGAAGUGCGGGCUGAAUUGCCAGAACCUCUCCGCGGCAGGUCAAGCCAUUACGACGUUCAUCCGGAACCACCUGCAACGAUGUGAAGUGCAGCAGGACCAGCCUUUGCUCCUUCGCCAUGUGAUGUCAGGAACGGCCGCGGAUGACGACCUCGUCGCCGCGCUCUAUUCGCGAGUGGGAGGCGCUCACUGCACUCACCCAGAGGGCGAAGGCAGACUGACGAACUUCCGGCGCGGCACCAUGGUCUGGUAUUUGAGCAAGGCCGCCGGCGCACCGUGCCCCUUCUCCCGAGCGGGCAUUCGACUCUGCGACUACAACGAGAACGGGAAGAUUGGAAUGCCAAUCAACCCGGGCCGGGAGAAGAAACGCGAGCGGGACAGGAUGCGCAAAGCAGCACAGACGGCUGGCCAAAAGCGAAAGCGGCUCUUGCGCUCGUGCGCGGACCAUCCGUCGGAGUCAGAAACCGACAGCUCGGACGAAGAAGAGAAGAGGCCGAUGGCCAGGCUCAGGCUCACCCUCCGACUCAAGCCUUCGGGCGCGUCCGACUCUGCCCGCUCUGAGAGCCGCCUGGCCAGCCUCCCCCCGGCGGCACUUGAGUCGUCGGGUGACGAGGAUCACGACGUUCAAUCCGACGACUCGGACAGCUCGAUGUCUGUUGACUCGGAUGCCGACGACUCCAGCUCGGCUUCCCCCUCCCCGGUCACUGCCGCGCCCUACAUCGUCCCCGACGCAGCACGCUCGCUCCCCGGCCUCCCGCCCUGCUCCCCCCACACGCACCACACACCCUACCGACGCUCGUCGUCCGUGUCACGCAGCGCGUUGUCAGUUUCCACGCCACCGGACUCAGAAGCAGAGGACGAGGACUUCCAUAUCACGAUGACUGGUAUCAGAAGGCGCUCUCUCAGUCGCGCACACACGCCCUUCGAUGACGCUGAAUCCGCUUCCGAAGACGGCUUCUUCGGCGACAUCGACUUUGACGCGGAAACUCAGUGGGAGAGCCCUGGUCCUCGCUCCCCCUCAGUACAGUUGGAGGACGAUGUCGUGGUCAAGGAAGAGCCUACGGACGUGCGCGGGCUCCUGGAUGCAUGGGAAGACCUCGAUAACAAGGCCAACCAUCUCAAGGUUAUCGACGUCGUGGCCCAGGCCGCCGCAGCCGAGCGUCAAGCGGAGCAGUCGAGCUCAUGUGACAUGGACGCAUGGGCGUGGCCGAGCAUGCAACCUGGCGAUUCAGUCUACAUUAAGCAAGAAGAGGUCGAGCCCAGACUGUUUUUCACCGACACCGAAUCAACGCCACCUCCAGAGGCGCUCUCCCCCGCCAUGUCUUUCGACCCUUGCGAGUCCCCGAUUGAGGAGCGCCCCAUUCAUAUAUACGGCGGCGACAUGACCCAUGAUAUGCAAUGGCGCAACGUGGAGAUCUUGGGCCCGGAUAGCGUUCAACUUCACGACCUCGAUGCAGGCGCAUGGCGCGAGUAUCGUGGUGUACGUGCCACUUCUCCUGAAGAACGGGUACACUCGCCUUCCCCAGGACCAUCCAUUGUGCCUGCAACUUCCCCGCCAACAUCUCCCAUCUUCCCACGAACUCCCCUUGCUCUCGAGAUGCCCUCGGGCCUUGUCCAAGAAAGGAACCUGUCGAUCACCUCGCCCACACUUCUUGCCUCCCUCACCUCACUCAGCAUCCAGGCGACUUCGACCACCCCCCUCUCUCGAUAUCCUACUACUCUAUCCUCCGCCGACUGUUCUUCCCUCCCCGCGACCGAAGGUUCUGUCGUAAUACACCCUAUACAGCCGAUCUAUCCGCCGAUCUGCGUUGUCGAACUUGAAGGCGUCGCGGUGUAUCAAACCGUGCUCGGUGGCUCGACGCUUCUGCGACGCGUUGACUCGGAUUUCGUGAACCUGUCUCCAAUCGCUGAGCGCCUCACUUCGUUCUCAACCGCCGAAGCGGUCACGAUAUCCGUCGGGUCACCGCUCGUUUGUGGCACUUGGGUCCCUCUUGCACUGGCUCGGGAGCUCGCCAAGGACGAACCGUCACUCAAAGGUUUCUUGUCAGACGACCUACGAUCAAUUCGGGCGACCACCUGCCCCACCUUUGGUCACCAGUUCAAGUCGGCGUCAGACGCACGGCGUUUGAGCAUGUCUUCUCACCGGUUAGAGCUGCCCCCGCGGGAAUACGAAGCCCCGUGGGACGACCAUCUCACCACACACCCGUCGUUCAAUUUCCCAACCACCGUACUCGAUGCGCACCGACCCACGACGGAGGACAUGCCUGCAAUAGUGGAAGCCCCGCUCAGCCCAUCGGAGGAAGAGAUGUUCCACGCCCUUUGCGCGGCAGCAGAGUGGGAUGCGAACGCCUGCGUUGUGACCCUCGCCGCAGACAACCGAGCAGACGGGACCCUGACAUCUCCCUGCCCACCAGGCGAAGGCCACAACGGGCAGGAGCAGCCCCUCCGGCGAUCCAAGCGCGUAGCCCAUGUUUCCACUCGGUCGCGCACGCGGACGAGCAAGAGAGGAUCUCGUACGUCGCUUUCGUGA